GGGUCUCGACUAACAUUGAUCCCACUCAAUUACAUACCCACACACAUGCAUGUGCACAUACCCACAUACCCACAUACGCGCAUACCCACAUACAUACAUACACACACACACACACAUACAUACACACACACACACACACACACAUACAUACAUACACACAUAGGGGGCCGUCGCGCGCAGACGCCUCCGCCCACGCACAGACUGGAUCAAGACAAGCGCGCCGCAGAAACUCGGUACCCAGUCCCUCGUCUGGCGGCCCAUCUGCAAGUCCCGGGUCCAUCCUUGCGCGCCGCUUUCCGCCCGCCGCGGCCGGCCGCGUCAGUCGGUUGCGCGCCAGGCUCGCUGCAAGGGGCGCGGAGAAUAACGCGGGACCUGGCCUGCGACGCGCGCAUGGGCGUGGUUGAGCGGUGCUGAGCGGUGCUGAGUGGUGUCGGCCUUGGGCGUGUCGCUCGGGCGCCAAGAACAAGAGAUCAACGCGGCUGGCUGUGUCUGGACGGGGGUCUGAGAUUGGCUGGACUUGGAACUGGGACUGGCUGAACUGG